CUGGAAUCUACACAUGCUGCUCACUGUGCGGAACAGGAUGACACCUUUAGAGGAUCUGAAGUGGUGUUGAAAACAAACUGGACUCCUGAACCAGGACUAUGUCAGACGUGUGGAUCAAUGCGUCUUCUGUUUCUGACAACACUACGCUUACAACACAAACACAAAAGAAGUUAAAAAAGAAGGAGAAAUGGAAGAAAUAUUUAGAGCGAAAGAAAAACCGGAAACUUCAGCGCACCAAGGCGCCGGGGCAUUCAGGGUCGAAACCAGCGCCUCGUCCAAACGGCGCUAAACCCACACCUCCUGCAAACUGGGCGUACGUCUCACCUUUCCAGCCUUCAGCCUCUGCAGAUACUGUUACCAACCACAGCUCAAAGCCAUCCACCUCAACACACAGCUCCUGUUUCUUGGCCGUCAGUGGAACAAAGGGCGACGACCCAAAGCCACAGGUCAAGUCCCAGUCAUCGUGGUUACCCAGCAGCGCCGGCCCCUCAGCCAGUAGCACCUUCGCCCCUUCCAAGACCCUGGCCAUAGACUGUGAGAUGGUGGGUGCAGGACCCAAAGGCCACAUCAGCCAGCUCGCACGCUGCAGCAUCGUGUCAUACGACGGCGAUGUGGUCUACGAUAAGUUCAUCAGUCCGUCGAUGCCCGUCACCGACUACCGCACCCGCUGGAGCGGCAUCCGGCGCUCCGACCUCACUGGGGCCACACCGUACGCUGAGGCCAGGAAAGAGAUCCUGAAGCUGCUCAUGGGGAAGGUGGUGGUGGGCCACGCCAUCCACAAUGACUUCAAGGUCCUGGGUUACGCUCAUCCUCCCGCUCUGACCAGAGACACCUCCAGGUUCCCACUGCUCAACCAGAAGGCCGGCUUCCCCGAGAACCAGGCCGCCUCGCUGAAGAGACUGACCAAGGCCAUCUUCAACCGAGACAUUCAGACUGGGAGGAGAGGCCACUCGUCUGUGGAGGACGCCAAAGCCACUAUGGAGCUGUACAGAGCAGUGGAGGUGGAGUGGGAGAGGACACCGACCUCCAAAACCAACAACAACAGAGAAAACACAGACACAACAGGCAGAUAAAGGCCUGUGUUUCCACCAGGUCCCACUGAGGAAGGAACAAGGUCUGAGUUUAUGCAGAAACGGAUCAAAUGUCCGACUGUCAUGGACAAAACACUGGACCUCAGUAACAUUCUGUCUCAGGUUUACAUGGAAAUGUCCUUUAACUUGUUCAAUUAGUACAAUAUUAAAGUUGGUUAAAGCUGGUUAAAGAUGGUUACAGCUACUUAAAGAUAGAUUAGAUUAGACUAGACUAGACUAGACUAGAGUAGAUUAGAUAGGACUUUAUUAAUGCCUGGUCCUGGUUAGAGGGUGUUGGAUUCCCAUCAGUCAGACUUCAUUUGUCUUUAUAUUCUAUUUCAGUUGAACCAGAGGCGGUUGGACCAGACCAGACCAGUGGAAUGAAACUGGUCCCAGUUUACUGUGGGUGUCUGUGAUGGGCUGAAUGUUAAUGAGCAGCACAUCUGAUGCAGUUUUUACUGUAAAUUUUACAUUUAGAAAACAAGAAGUAUUUAACCUUGCAUCAUUUUGACUAAAAAUUGAUAAAAUAGAAUUUUAUUUAUUUUUUGUGAAAUGGUGUUCAAGGUUUAACGUUUUAAAGUUGUUUGUGGACUUUUUUGUAAAUGACAUCUUUGUAUGGACUCCUGUUGUUCUUUUAGAACUGGACACUGUUUUUAUUGAUGCUGUGAACAUUUGUAGAAGCAGCCGCUCUGGAACAUUGCCUUUUUUGAUACCAGUUUGUCUGAAUCAGAACAAAUACAAAGCUUUUGUGCAGA